ACCUUCUCUCUCCUUCCCCUCACCUUUUCCCUCCCAUUCACCAACAACCCCUUCAGAAACCCACCCCGUAGCUUCACAGUGAGCAAGUCAAGCGUCCAACAUGUCCAACAUCGUGGACCCCGUGCAGGCAUUCGCCAACAUGGCCACGGCCAUCAAGAAGUCGACGUCGACCGUCUCGCCCAUCCCCACCAUCGUCCCCACCCUGCCUGAGUUCCAGGAUGCCAGCGAGACUGGCGAGAGGACCUUGUGGGUCGUCUUCGUCGUCAUGGUCGUCUCCAGCAUCGUCUUCACCGGCAUGGCCUGGAGCGUGCCCAUCUCCAAGCGUCUCUUCCACAUCGUCACCACCCUCAUCGUCAUCUUCGCCUCGUGCGCCUACUUCGCCAUGGCCAGCGGACACGGCAUCAGCUACCACCACGCCGUCGUCCGUCAGUCGCACAAGCACGGCGUCCCCGACACCAAGCUCGACAUCUACCGCCAGGUCUACUGGGCCCGCUAUGUCGACUGGUCCGUCACCACCCCGCUCCUGCUCCUCGACCUCUGCCUCUUGGCCGGCAUGGCUGGCGGCAACAUCCUCAUUGCCAUCAUUGCCGAUGUCAUCAUGAUCCUCACCGGUCUCUUCGCCGCCUUCGGUGCCGAGGACUCUCCUCAGAAGUGGGGCUGGUACACCAUUGCCUGCAUCGCCUACUUGGUCGUUGUUUGGCAACUCGUCGUCCACGGCCGCUCCACCGCCAUGGCCAAGGGUGGCAAGGUCGGCAACUUCUACGCUGCCAUUGGCGGCUUCACCCUGCUCAUCUGGACCGUCUACCCAAUUGUCUGGGGUAUCGCUGAUGGCUCCCGCAACAUGGAUGUUGACGAGGAGAUCAUUGCCUACGCCGUGUUGGACAUCCUCGCCAAACCCGUCUUUGGCGCGUGGUUGCUCUUCACCCACCAAGCCAUGCCCGAGAGCCAGAUCGAGGUUGGCGGCUUCUGGGCCCACGGCGCCAGCGGCGAGGGCGCCAUUCGCGUCGGCGACGACGACGAGGGUGCUUAAAUGUGACAUCCUCUCCAACGUCCCCUUUCACGGAUCCUCCAAACGACAAGACUAGGAUUGAGAAGGGGAAAAGGAGAAGCAGAGCGGAGAAGCAGUGCGUGAUGGCUGAUACGAACCAUGAUGGGUGAGGGAUGAUUUGCCUUUACGAUUCUCGACUUGUCAUGGAACAGCACACCAAAAAAAGAAAAACGAGUUCUUUGAUGCGGAUGGGAUUAAUUUCAAGCAGCCAAUUCGAUCUCACGGUCAGUCCCACACUUUGUGAGGGUCUGAAUGAUGGGAGUCGUGAUAUAUUGUAGAGUAGUAGCGGAUUAUAAUGCUGGUGGGAGUAUUUGCCUUGUUUCUG